AUGUCCUUAUUCUGGGUCUCUAUUACCGGUCUUGUGAUAUAUGGCGCCUUCUUAGCCGCUAUUUCGUGUCUUUUGGGAGGCGGAACAAUUCCAAUUGUUUGCGUCUUGCUCUGGGAUCGGACAUCUACCUUCGCUGUCAUUGUUUCGCCAACCAUUGGACUUGUGAGUGGGUUGACGUCCUGGAUGGUUGCUACGAAGCUGCGCUCGGGGACGAUCAACAUCACUACCACUUCGAAUGUCUGGAGUUCUUUGACAGGAGAUUGUGUGUCGUUGGGUAUGGGAGCUGUCUGCAUUGUCGUAUUCUCGUUUCCAGUCCCAAGCAAGAAGAAAUUGGUUGUGGUUGAGGGUACUGUGGGAGGAGAGGCUAUUGCGAAUGUUUCGGUGGAAAAGACAGAUCAUCCAAUCGACGAGGAGGGCGCUCCUGAGAAAACAGCUCAUGUGGUGGAAGAAAAUGCAGCUGCGCAGGAUUUGGAGCCAAUUCAAGGGGAGGAGUAUGUUGCGGAAGGAGCAUUGACUCCGGAAAGCUUAAAGUCCCAAAAAAGAUUGGCGUGGUAUUCGUUGGCCUUUGGAUCCCUUAUUUUCAGGAUACUUAUCCCUUUCACUCUGUACUGGACAGGCUAUGAAUUCUCCGUUAAAUUCUUCACUGGUUUUGUGGUGAUAGUUUUCAUAUGGGUUUGGGCCUCAUUUAUCAUCUGCGUCUUCAUGCCGCUAUGGGAGAGCCGGAAGGACAUGUGGUACAUAGUUUGUGCCAUGUAUAGGGAUAUGGUUAGGGAGAAGUUUCAUCACACAGAGUAA